AUGCCUCCCAAAGCCGCCAAGGGCGAGUACAUUGAGACGGACACGGGCAACAAGAUCUCGCGCCGCUCCCAAAUCCACGGCACCCAACACAUCAUCCUCGGCGGUAAAACCGUCAUCCAAGCCGAAGCCGUGAUCCGAGGCGACUUGUACCGUCUCCCUUCAACCGCCUCCACAGACCCGAGCAACCCCCCACAACCAUCCAAUGCCCCCAGCGUCGCAAUCACCGUCGGCCGCUACAGUUACAUCUCCAAGAGUGCAGUCUUACGCCCGCCUAGCCGGUUACACCGCGGCGUUCACUCGUUCUACCCGCUGAAGAUUGGCGACCAUGUCUUUGUUGGAGAGUCGGCUGUGAUUGAGGCCGCGUCUCUGGGGAAUCAUGUCCAUGUUGGCGCGGGAGCGACGGUGGGCAGUAUGGCUAUUAUCAAGGAUUUUGCAGUCGUGCUGGAUGGUGCGGUCGUUCCGCCUGGUAUGGUGGUGCCGAGUUGGUGUGUUGUUGGGGGGCGACCGGCGCGAAUUGUUGGUGAAGUUGGUGAGGGAUAUGGCGUGGAGGGGGCCGAGGGUGGAAUGGCGAGGGAGAGAUACCGUGUCGUUGGGAGACCGUGA